AUGACUGAAGAGGAAUGGUGGGCUGCUACGACUGCGUUCAAAGGAGGUUUGGCACUAGGGUUCUCCAAUUUGAAUUUUCAGAGGAAAAGAGAGGGGUGGAGUGCCCUCAUACAGCAUUUCAAGGAGAUACUUGCAACACCACCUGUUCUUGGUGAGCCAAAGAACGGGAAACCGCUAUACUUGUACUUGGCCAUAACCGAUGAAGCAAUGGCGGCAGUAUUGCGACAAUACUUCCAAGGUCAUCAAGUGAUUGUGAGGACGGACCAGGGAAUCCGCCAUGUACUACAGAAACUUGACCUAGGGGGAAGAAUGAUGACUUGGGCUAUUGAACUGUCCCAAUACGACCUACGGUAUGAACCCAGGCAUGCGAUUAAAGCUCAAGCCAUGGCCGACUUUUUGGUGGAAGUCACAGGAGACCCAACCGAGUCACUGAGUGCACGGUGGAAGCUCUACGUGGACGGAGCUUCCAACCAGACAUUCGGGGGAGCCGGGAUAAUCCUGGAAAGCCCGACGGGAGUCGUGUAUGAACAGUCAAUCAAGUUUGAAUUCCCGGUAUCAAACAAUCAAGUAGAGUAUGAGGCUCUUCUGGGUGGCUUAGUCUUGGAUAGGGAGGUCGGAGCCACAAGAUUGGAAAUAUGUAGUGAUUCACAGGUCGUGACCUCACAGAUCAGUGGAGCAUAUCAGGCCAGAGACUCAUUGCUGCAAAAAUAUCUGGAGAAGGUCAGAGAAUUAACCAGGGAAUUUGAGAAGAUCUCGGUGCACCAUGUCCCGAGAGAGAGGAACAUGCGAGCAGACCUCUUGUCAAAGCUGGCAAGCACAAAGCCAAGAGCAGAAAACCGAUCUCUCACCCAAGGCUUGAUAAAAGAACCAGCAGUUACCCUCCAUUUAACAAAGGCAGAUCCCUCUUGGAUGGACCCAAUCACUGACUUCUUGGAAAGCGGUAAGCUCCCUGAAGACGAGAAGUUGGCAAGAGCAUUGAGAAGGGAGGCGGCCAUGUAUGCAAUCAUACAAGGCCAGUUGUUUAAAAUGGGACUAAGCCAACCCUUGCUGAAGUGCCUGCAUCCCGACCAAAUGGACUAUGUGCUUAAGGAGGUCCAUGAAGAAUGUUGCGGUCACCACAUCAGGGGCAAAGCCCUAGCAAAGAAGCUCAUCAGAGCCGGCUACUACUGGCCGUCAAUGAUUGAGGAUUCUAAAGACUUCGUGAGAAAAUGCAUCAAGUGCAACCGAAUUAAGUUUUCUACGUCUUCCUGA